CUGGAAACGCGUUGAAUUUGGAAGUCCCGCUGCAGUUGCUAUAAAAAGAAUUUAAUAAUUAAUUGCGCAAUUAAAUGAAUGCACAUGAAAAAUAGAAUAAAUUAUAAACUGUGAUUCAAAACGAACCUAUCCGUAUGAGCUUUCAACUCGUGGCAUGUCGUGCAGCUUACUUUAAAACUGGAGUCAAUCUAUAUAGUACAAAGGAUCAUUAAUUAAUCGCUGAUUCAUCUCGUUGUUCUGGCGAUUUGUUUUCCAAGAAGAGAAAAAUCAACGAUACACUCUCCAGACUCUUGUGAGCAAUUUCGCAAUGCGGUUGAAGGAUUCUGUCGUAUCGUUGCCCAUGCAUCAAGGAUUGAACAAUAAUCAACUUCUGCAGCAGAGCGAAAUAAGCGCGUCUUCUAAUUCUGAAGAGAUACAAAACUGUAACGACAGAACGAAUACCGUAGCAUUUAGUUUGCAGGAUCAAUUCAAAGAGUUCAGAGGUACAGGCGAAAAUCCGGCCGGCACGUGGCCGGUUACACAGAACGUCGGACUACAAAAUAACUCGAAUAAUACAGCAGUGAAUCAUUCAAAUGGACGGAAUAACAUUAACAACAAUUUGACGGCAUCAAGACUCUAUCAAAGCAGUUCGGCUGAAAGUUUGGCCGACUACGAAGGUCGGAAUUCUGUCGGGGAUUCAUCGCACGAAUUGACGCCUUCCGAGUGGUCGGACUGGUCGGAAGAAGGAAAUCUUCCUACUAGGUGUAGAGGAAUCGUGAAUCCUAAUUAUCCAGGAUUUCAACACCUCGCAACUGCUUUACUAUCCGACACAGAUCUCACUGAAGACGAGCUUGAAACUUACGAAAUCUCCAAAGUCGCCUGCAACUUGAACAAUAAUCAAUACAACAAUAACACAGACGAGAAUCUGAUCGACGAAAGCGUUAAUCAUCUUCAGGGACAAGAAGCCGAUCGGAAAUUCAUAUACGAGAAACCGAAGUUCAAUAUUCACACAGUAAACUCACUCUACGAAUCGGCGUUACCGUCGUCAGUAAAGUGUAUAAAUUACGUGAAGAGUGUUGAGGUAUCACGGUCCGCAGAAUUAGUUGUGUCUCCCAUACCGGAAGUGAACGUUAACUCGGUCAUCGAAGCGGAGACUCAUCUUACCGAGUUAGAACCAAGCGAGGGGCUCGCCGACACGGUACAACAAUCCUCAAAAUCUGAACUUUGCGAAGCAAUUGUCGUUGACAGAAAAGCACGUGAAGUUGCCAUAGAAGUUGAAGUAGUCGAGCUGACAACCGCCGUAAAAGAAACGCUCCAGUUCCCUCAAAUAGAGCGAAUUGUAGACUCGGGAAAGUCUAGCGAAAUCGGGGAGGAGCCGGAACCUGCGGUCGAAACCAUCGAUCUUAUAAGAGAAGCUAAGAAAUUGCCCCUUCCCGAUUGUUCUCAAGUAGGAUCAAAACUACAGCCUGCAUCUGGGACUCUGAGAAAUUCGAAUCAGAACGACGAUUCAGAAACGAAUACCGAUUCGGAAAGUUACUCAGAUUUGGCACCCUACACCAAACUCGAGGAGAUCGAUUUGCUUUCAAGUAUCGGCAGAGACAUAGGCGUUGACCUUGAAAAAUACGUCCAACCGGUACCAGACGUUCUCUUGAUGGAUUCCGUCGCGGUUACCUCGGCCCCAAGGGCUGCCGUCGUUAAAACAGGACAAAAUCUAAUAAAAGAUAAUCAGUUAAUGCACCCCAGGGAUCAACUCGAUACAAAUAAAUUAAUGGACAGGAACCUGCCGGAGGCCAUUGUCGAUACAAGAAAAAAGGAAAAAAUGGCAAGAAAUCAAGCUAGGAGACGCCAACAAACCCAUACCAAUCAACCGCAACGACGACCCGACAAACGUCGCGCUGAUACCGACGUUGGUGGACCUGGUGGUUUUGACGUCUAUAAUAUCGAGACAGCGAUGCCGAAAAUUGAUUUGGACGCUAUUGAAUCUCAUCUGAGAGCUGCACGUGAAGAAGAACGCAGGCGGAGAAAUGAUCGGGAAGAAAUCAGGAGAAGACUCGCUAUGGGUCCAGAUGCAGAUGAUCUUAGAUCUGAACGAGGACGGAAGCCCAGUUUACAGUCACGCCUUCAGAGUGGAAUGAAUCUGCAAAUUUGUUUCAUGAAUGAGACAUCGUCUGACACAGAGUCACCUGUGUCCGAAGCUGACAUAACUCCAGGACCAAUAUCGUCUGAAAUAAGGGCACCUAUAACCAGACCACAGGUUUUAAGUCUUCCCCCAUUGAGAGUUGAUGCAACUGCACCAGUGGAUGAGGCAGACUUCUUUGCUAGGCAAGCCAGACUACAGACAGAAGCAAGGAUGGCACUUGCACAAGCUAAAGAAAUGGCUCACAUGCAAAUGGAAGUUGAAAGACAGAGACUUAAACAAAGUCCUAUCACAGAAAUGGUUCGGUCUAGUCUUGAAAAAGUUGGUGUUCAACUGGGUGAUGAGAGGCGCAGGCUUUCGCGAGUUUUGCUAACAGAGCUAAAUGUUGCUCAACUGCAAGUAGUUGCCAAUGAUCUACAUGCUCGCAUAGCAGCGUUGAACGAAGCACUCGUAGAAGGCUUGCUUAGGCGAGACGAUCUACACAUGGAACAAGAUUCUAUGCUAGUUGAUGUCGAGGAUCUCACACGUUACUUAGGUGCCAAGCAGGAAUCGUUCAAGCGUCAAGGACUUGCGUCCAGAGAAUCUUCUUCCUCGCAAUCCGUAAAAAAUCAACAAUCAACAUCUCUUCAAGUUAAGCUACCUAAACCAAAACUUAUGAAUCGAGGACUCGUUAGUCUAGUCAGAAAAUAAUCGUUGGCCUCGAGACUGUGUUAUAGUCUCUUCAAAGUUUAAGGAAAACAAUAAAACUGACAAAAAUGUAUCCAAAACUGAAUAGAUAAUAAGAUUUUUCAAUGGUACCUGCCGCUGGUUAAGAUUAAGACUGAUAUUGAUACGUCGCGUGUUGUCAUCACCAGGUAAUUCUCCUGUCAUCCUAUAUUUAAUAUUGAUCGAAAUGCAUUGAAAAAAAUUAGAAUUAUAUCAUUCCGGCUUUGAAUCAUUCUUUGCAUUAUAAACAUACAAAUUCAUCUGGUCCUUGUCACGGGUCCUUUUUAUCUCACAAUUCAUUAGUUUUUCUACGAUUUUUACUGCCGAAAUUACACAAAUUUUCUAACGUAGAUUUGGCCAGCUUCACCUGGAAUUUUUCUUAAUUUUUUUUUUGUCAAGUUUUCAAGAUUUUUCUAAUACGUACUCCACCUGACAGGAUUAUUGACCAUCUACGUAUAUUAAUUAUCUUAAAUAUUCAACGGAUUAGGGCAGGAAGAGACUCGCGCGAUUUAAGAAAUUUGAUUGACAAAAUAUUCUGAAGAACAGUAAACUUCAUAGGAGAGAAAGACAGCGGCAGGUAACUACAAGACGUUUUCGAAUUUGUACUACUCAAAAUCUCAAGUUGGAAAGAUAAAAAUUUCAACCCCUUCGUCUGAGCCAUCAACAAUGAUUACUAACUGGGUAGAAUCAGAAAUUUUUAACUCCUUUACCUAGUUAUUUGAUAAAUCCAAAUAAUUCAGCACCAGAAUCUGUGAACCUUCGAAUAUUACAAAUUUCUAAAGCUCGCUUGAUUCAUAGUUGCAGAAAAACGUAGCAGUAUAAGUCUGUUAAUUGUGAGGGAUAAAACAAUUUGUACAACGUGGAAAUAGAUCAGAUGCAAUACUAAGUCAACGUUUAAUCCCAGUUUCAUCGCUCUUUCACUCCGCCUUGCAUGUAUUUAUUAACUAAUAUCAAAUCUUAAUGAAUCUAAAUAUAGAUGAGAUAGAACUUUUAUGUUGUAUAUAUACAUAACAUAUGAUAAACUUGUCACAUGUAAAAUGGUUCCAAUAUCGUUAGAGCCCAUCAAGCUUUGCACACAAAUAACUAUCAUCCAUGUAAGCAUAGAUUGAGAGCUGUUGCAGCUAGACGAGAAGAAAAAUCAAAACUAGUAUUCCUCGAAGAAAAGUACUUUGUUAUACACUUGAUUCUGCAGUGUUAUGACAAAUAAUUUAAUGCGUCUGAGUGUGCGAUGCUUGCAGCUAGUGACCUAACUUUAAACAAAUAUAAUAAUGAUAAAUCACAAGAUGUGAAAUACAUAUACAUGUAUACUGAAUAAAUCAUCCCCCCAUAAUUAUCAGGUAUCAUUCCCACUUCAAGAUAUAAUAUACCUACAAGUAGAAUUUAUCUCACAAUGAUACGCUAUACGCUGCUUUCUCAGGCGUUCACCAAUAUGGUUUAUAGAAGCAAGGUGUAUAUUUAUCUUGGAAUGUCACAGACAUGAUGAACUCUGCCGCGUAAAAUACAUAAGGUCAGAUAAAGCGAAUCUAGAAAGCGAACUCGUCAUUCAAAUACCGAAUUAACUGAAGGCGAAAAGAAGUCUUUCAAAGAAUACCAAAUAAACUGAGAAAAAAAUAUCAUCGUCCGCCAGUCGAUGAAUUCCGAUAUUGCCUGAGAACUGAAAAAACAAACUGGAUUAAAUCAUAGCAAAUUUAGAUUUGUCUUACUGAUAUAUUACCAUACCAAUAUUUCUGGAACUUUUUUCUCUCCUGUCCUGGAAAUUCUAAGCGGUAAGGAACAAGCAGAUGUGGUGUAAAUGAGCAUAUAAUGAGCCGGCGCAUAUUAUCUACAAAAUAGUUUUAAUCGUAAUAUUAAUUAGUAAUAUACAGAUUGUAAAUAACUAAACAAUAAUAAAAUAUGCUGUAACAAG